GUGUGUUGUAGUCGACUUGCAUUCGCAGUGGAGGUUGACCUGGACAUAAAGUAAGCUAUCGCCACAAUUAUCAGACGAACACUGAAGCAAAGUGCGCUUUGUUGACAGGCAAUCAUACUGUGUUUCUUGGCAGACGUAUCUUGAUCAUGUGACGAGGUGAAAAAAGAUCUAAUAAUAGAUUGCCCGGGACGACACUGACUAUAUUUUAUUGAAGUCAAACGAAUCACCUGUGACUCUCUAGCGGAAAAUGAAAAAGGUGUUUAUCACUGUGCUACUGCUACUGUGUGUGACGUCACAGGCGAAACCCCCAAAUAUUAUCUUCAUUGUAGCGGAUGACCUGGGCUGGGGUGACGUCAGCUUCCAUGGUUCUAAGAUCAGGACGCCGUUUUUGGACAAGCUUGCCUAUAAUGGCAUCCUCCUCAACAACUACUACGUGUCUCCGAUAUGUACCCCGACUAGAAGCGCCAUCAUGACCGGCAGACACCCCAUACACACAGGUCUACAACAUGGGGUGAUAGGCGGGUCUACUCCGUAUGGCCUGUCUCUGAACGAGACCAUCAUGCCGCAGUACCUCAAUGACCUGGGGUACGCUUCCCACAUCGUUGGUAAGUGGCACUUGGGCUUCUUCACCAAGAACCACGUUCCAACUAUGCGCGGGUUCGAAUCCCACUUCGGCUACUACACGGGGAAGGAAGACUAUUUCGACCACACAAGCAGUUCAAGGAACAUGUGGGGGCUGGACUUCCGCCGGAACCUGGACGUGGUGCGUAAUGAUGAUGAGGAAUAUUCGACAACACUAUUUGCGUCAGAGGCCAGUGACGUCAUAAAAGCUCAUAACAAGUCAAAGCCGCUGUUCCUGUAUCUGGCAUUUCAAGCAGUGCAUUCUGGGAAUCCCAGUGGCGAUCCCAUUCAAGCACCACAGAAAUAUGUUGACAGAUUCCCAGAUAUUAAGGAUACACAGAGGAAAAUAUUUGCUGGAGUGGUGUCGGCUCUGGAUGAAGCUGUUGCUAACGUGACGACAACGUUGCAGCAGACGGGGAUGCUGAACAACUCCAUCAUCGUCUUCACGACCGACAGGGGACCAACCAAUGGCUACGAUCACAAUGCGGCAUGCAACUGGCCUCUUAGGGGCUGCAAGAACACGAUGUGGGAAGGCGGGGUGCGGGGAAAUGGCUUCGUCUACAGCCCUCUUCUCUCUACAUCCGGGUACGUCCAGGAGAACAUGAUGCAUAUCACUGAUUGGCUGCCCACACUCUACCACGCGGCCGGAGGUGACGUCAGCAAGCUCAAGAACCAAGAUGGCUACAAUCUGUGGGAAAUGUUGUCGAACAAUGGCGCCGCUGUUAGGAACGAAAUAUUACAUAACAUUGAUCCCAUACAGAACUUUUCAUCUAUUAGAGUUGGGGAGUAUAAACUUGUUAUGGGAGACAUCUCAGAAGGUAAAGACGAUUCUUGGUACCCGCCACCUGAAGGAAAGGACACCGAGAUCAGACAUCCCUCUGGAAGUGAAUUCGUGAAAGUGUUCAAUACAAACGCGCAUCCAUUGAACGUCAAUUGCGGCAAAAAGCCCGUGGAUGCCGAGACUAACUGUCAACCGGAAGUGUCGCCAUGUUUGUUUCACAUUGCCAGCGACCCGUGCGAAUUCCACAAUAUAGCUUCCACAAACCAAGACCAGGUUCAGUCGUUACUGGCCAGACUUGAGGAGUACAGGAAAACCAUGGUCCCUCCCGCCAACAAGGACCCUGAUCCUAACGCCGACCCCCAACUUCACGGGGGUGCGUGGACAUGGUGGCUAUAAGACACACUAAUUGACACAAGUUACAGAUUCAAUCGUUUUAAAAACCUGUAAAAUGUGUGUAUGAAAAAGACACUGUUGAUGUUAUAUAUAUUUUAAUCGAACCCGUGAAGGGUCGAUUUUUUAUGAUUAUAUUUAGUUUUGAUAUAUCUUAUGUAAAUAAUGAUAUUUUGUGCGUAACUGGAAAAUUAAAAAUAUAUCAGAUUCUCAUGACGUUUGGCGUACAAAGUAGUAUGAAAUAUCCAAGGGCAGUUUGUGCAUGCUUUAACAAUGUGUUAAUGACAGGUUGUUUUACUGACGAAAUAAAAUGUCUGAUAUUGA